UCUGCAGCUCUCAGGAUGGCGGCUUUUGGGAUCUCAGCUGGCCAGUCUGUGGCACUGGUCUGGGACAAGUCUGCCCCCGUGGAGGCCCUGAAAGAUCUGGUGGACAAGCUUCAAGGGCAGACCGGUGAGGAAGGCCGCGUGUCCGUGGAGAACAUCAGCCAGCUGCUCCAGUCCGCGCACAAGGAGUCCAGCUUUGACUGUAUUCUGUCUGGGGUCGUUCCUGGCAGUGCCACCGUCCACAGCGCUGAGGUGUUGGCCGAGAUUGCCCGGAUCCUCCGGCCCGGCGGAUGUCUCUUUCUCAAAGAGCCGGUAGAGACAGCUGCAGUUUCCGACGGCAAGGUGAAGACCCCAGCUAAGCUGUGUUCCGCCCUGACUCUCUCCGGCCUGGUGGACGUCAAAGAGCUGCAGCGGGAGUCCCUGAGCCCCGAGGAGAGACAAUCUGCUCAAGAGCAUCUGGGUUACCAGAGUGACAGCCUGUCCGCUGUCCAGGUCACGGGCAAGAAACCCAACUUUGAAGUGGGUUCCUCUACUCAGCUUAAACUUUCUUUUGCCAAGAAGUCACCUGCAGUGAAGCCUGCCGUGGACCCCACUGCCGCCAAGCUCUGGACACUCUCGGCCAACGACAUGGAGGAUGGGAGUGCGGAUCUCAUAGACUCGGAUGAGCUGCUUGAUCCAGAAGAUCUGAAGAAGCCGGAUCCAGCCUCCCUGCGGGCAGCACCUUGCGGGGAGGGGAAGAAGAGGAAGGCCUGUAAGAACUGCACCUGCGGCCUUGCAGAGGAACUGGAGAAGGAGAAGUCCCGGGAGCAGACGAGCACCCAGCCCAAGUCAGCCUGCGGGAACUGCUACCUGGGUGAUGCUUUCCGCUGUGCCAGCUGCCCCUACCUGGGGAUGCCCGCCUUCAAGCCCGGGGAGCAGGUGCUCCUGACCAAUAGCAAUCUCAGUGACGCCUAGGGGGCCCGCCUUGGGACACGGGUAUCGGCCCCUGUCCCCCACACCCCCCCACUCUGCUUCACCUCCUCGGAAUCUGCCCCCGCGCCUGAGUUCCACGUGCCGGGAGGUGCUCAGGAGUCAGAGGUGGCUGUGGGCUGCCGUGCUGCUACAAAAGACCGAGGGGUCGCGGGCCCCCUCUGCCCUGCUCCUCCACCUGGUCUCAGGGCAGGAGUGUGUCCUGGAGAGGCUCCUCCCCCUCAUCCCCUCCAUCCCCACACGCUCUGUUCACACCCUGUGCCGCCCCCCUGCCACGCUCAGGCGCGUCUCAGGGCACCAAGACUCACCCUCCAAGCUGGGAACACAUCCAGUGUCAUCGUCAUCGUGUGUCCUCCCCCUCCCCCCCACCCCAUUUACUGUCAUCCUGUCCUCUCCAGGGAUUAAACUGUGUACUUCCCAGGGCCCUCUGAGAAGGGGCUGUGUAUGUCUCUGUGUGUGUGAUGUGUGUGUCUGUGGUGUGUGUGUGUAUGUGUGUGUCUGUGUGAUGUCUGGUGGGAGGGGCUGUGAGUUCAGAGAGUGUGGGGGUGUACGAUGCGUGCCUUUGGUCACUGAGAACUACCUCCCCAGCAGAGAGACCAAAAAAAAAAAAAAAACCAAAAUAUCCACAGAUGGAUGGUGAAAGUGGCCCGUUUAAUGGAGAGCUGCUAGCAUACUUAAAGAACAUCGACGGGGUUUGAGGUGUGGGACUGCACGUAGGUGUGGCGGAUCAUUUAUAGAGAUAAAGCGUUUCGGCGGAGGCGAUUCUCUUGGGGGGAUUAACUCUAGGAGAUACCCUGUCUCCCAGGGACAUCCAUAUCGCUUUUCACUUUCCCUUUUGUUGUACAUAUUAAACCAUUAAGUUUACUUCUUA